AUGGAGCUAGAAAAUGAAAUGAUCAGUUCCUCCAGCAAUUCUUCAGCAGGCUCCAGAGAGUACAAGGUGGUGAUGCUGGGAGCAGGGGGAGUUGGCAAAAGCGCAAUGACAAUGCAGUUCAUAAGCCAUCGGUUCCCUGACUAUCAUGAUCCAACUAUAGAGGAUGCCUAUAAAACUCAAGUCCGAAUCGAUGAUGAACCAGCUUAUUUGGACAUUCUAGACACUGCUGGACAGGCAGAAUUCACAGCCAUGAGGGACCAAUAUAUGCGAGGCGGAGAAGGCUUCAUUAUCUGCUAUUCCAUCACAGACCGCCAAUCUUUUCAAGAAGCUGCUGAGUUGAAGGAACUAAUUUAUCGUGUCCGGCACACCUAUGACAUCCCCUUGGUGCUGGUGGGAAACAAAAUAGAUCUUGAAGAGUUCAGACAAGUCUCAACUGAAGAAGGAAUGAGCUUAGCCAGAGAAUACUCCUGCUCUUUUUUUGAGACUUCGGCUGCCCUCCGUUUCUACAUUGAUGAUGUCUUCCAUGGACUAGUGAGGGAAAUCCGAAGGAAAGAGUCCUCACUGCCCAUGGCGGAGAAGAAGAUGAAGAGGAAGGAUAGUCUAUGGCAGAAACUGAAAGGGUCACUGAAGAAGAAACGGGAAAGUACUACUUGAUGGCAUUUUCCUGUGAGCAACCCCUCAGGAGCUGACUACAGUAACCUGCAACAGUUCAAAAAGGCAGCAUUGACACAGCAUCUUCCAGACCAGGUCCUGGAGUUCUUUUCCGUCAGCCCUCAUGCAGAAAUAGCUCCCUGAAGGCCCAAUUCAUGGUUGCCCUGUCGCUCCUCUGUAUUAUAAAGUCACUUAGCAUACCCUCUUAUCCCUUCUCCACAUCUGAGUGGAGAAAA